UAUGGCAAUGGUGAUGCCUAAUUAAUGGGACAGUGGAGUGCAAAAGGAGCUGGCGCGCGGGUGGCAUGGCAGUAGUUAAGUGUAAAAAAAUAAAAUAGUAUAGAAAUGGAGGCGCUGCCAUUGCUAGGGCUUGCUACAUCUCUCAUCAUUCAACGACGAAGAAAAUAACAAUGUCGUCGAAGCAUUUUCCGGAUUUGGAUUCUUCAGCGUCGCCCAAUCCGAUUCCCACGGAUGUUACUCCGGCUCCUUUCGAUCAUCUACCCUCCACCACCACCUCCUCCACCCUCUCUGAAUCUGACGAAAAUCCCUGCACAUCAUCUUCACCUUCUUCCACUCCACCUCCGAUUCACUUACCUCUCUCUUGGCCUCCCGAUGCCACCCUUUCCCUCCAGUGGAUACACCAUCUAAUCGCCGCCUUCGACUGGUCUUCCAAAAAUUUACCUCCAUCCCACUUUCCUUCCGUCCUUCCCGUCUCUGUUUUCGACACUCUAAUCCUCACCGCUUCUAAAAUCCUCCACAAAGAACCCAAUUGCCUCAAAAUCCUCCAAGAUUCACCCAGCAGCGACUCCACUGUAGUCGUCGUCGGAGACAUCCACGGUCAAUUUCAUGAUCUCCUCUUUCUUCUGCAGGAUGCUGGUUUUCCUUCUGAAAACCGUUUCUUUGUCUUCAAUGGGGACUACGUCGACAGAGGGGCUUGGGGUCUUGAAACUUUUUUGCUCUUAUUGGCUUGGAAGGUGUUUAUGCCACAUCGUGUAUUUCUUCUUCGUGAACACGAAUCCAAGUACUGCACAUCCGUUUAUGGUUUUGAGAAGGAGGUGCUAGCCAAGUAUGGAGACAGAGGUAAGCACGUCUAUCGGAAGUGUUUGGGGUGUUUCGAAGGGCUGCCUUUAGCCUCCAUUAUUGCUGGAUGUGUAUAUACGGCUCAUGGAGGACUUUUCCGCAGUAUAUCAGUUCCUUCGUCUAAAAGAUCGAAAGGAAAAAAAAAUCGUAGGAUAAUCUUAAAUCCGGAAGCCAACGGGUUAUCUCUUGGUUCUUUGGAGGAGCUAUCCAAAGCCAGAAGAUCUGUUCUUGAUCCCCCAUGGGAAGGCUUGAAUUUAAUUCCGGGCGAUGUGUUGUGGUCUGAUCCUUCUAUGAAUCCUGGUCUCUCCCCAAAUAGAGAGAGGGGCAUUGGUCUCUUGUGGGGUCCUGAUUGCACUGAAGAAUUCUUGAAAAAAUUCGAUCUGAAGCUAAUUAUCAGAUCCCAUGAAGGUCCUGAUGCUAGAAAGAGACCCGGUCUUGCAGAUGAUCAGGGUUACACGAUAGAUCAUGUUGUAGAUUCAGAGCUGAUUACUUUGUUUAGUGCUCCAGACUAUCCACAAUUUCAGGCCACUGAGGAAAGAUACAAAAACAAAGGUGCAUAUAUUGUUCUAGAACCUCCGAAUUUUGAUGUUCCAAUCAUUCAUAGUUUUGAAGCCAUUACUCCACGACCGAAGGUCAAAGCAUAUUAUGAUUUUGAGGAUGUAAUUGAUUCCGACGAAGAAUUAGACUUGGCCUCAAUGGCAACUGAACAAUGAAUGUGUAAACUUCUAAUUUUUUUAAAUGGAUAUUGAUUGUUACAUCACGUUGCAAGAGUAUCCUUUUCUGGUUGAUUUCUUUUAAGUGUUAUAAAAUAUUUACAUUUCUAUUUUAAAUUUAUAUGAACUACA